CAGAAUGACUGUGGAUGUAAAUCCAGAAGCAGGCUGGGGAGAGGGAGUCUGGAAUGUCAUACCUGCUGAGAUGUCAAGGAAGCCUCAACUGGACAGACUAAGACUGUGAAUGUGAUUGGAGAAAAGCUAGCAGUCUUGGUGAGAGACAGACUUUGUGUCUUCCCCUUACAAGGAUACACAAGAACAGGGGUCACAAGCCGAUUCAAUCCUGGUCUGCGCAUACUAGUGGAAGAAGGUAUGCUAGCAAGCUGAGGUGUAGGCCAGUCGGCUGAGAUACUGCGGUGCAUUUAGUCGAGCGCUGACGUGUUGUAAAGAUCAAAGGCGAAGAACCACCCAAAUGUCACCUCUGUGCUGCAGUGUUCCUGUCAAAUGCAUUAGGAUGAUGUACUACCACUAAGGCUGUCGCUGUUUCAUACAACGGAAUUGAAUGAGAACCCAGAGAAAGAACAGAGAUCUGGCACAGACACAUUGGCUCAAAUGGUCUCCCACUCUCCUGAAACCAUUUUACAAUUUGAUAAAUGGCGAGUAUGCUGAAAGAAUUGACCCCGAUAAGCUUUCUUUCUUCCGGAUAACAGCUCGGUGGAAUGUGACUGAAAAUCUGAUCAACCAUUCAGAAGCCUCUGCAAAUGGGAACCGUGUUAAAAAUAGUCAACCUUGUUGGUAUGGGUCUGGAGUCACAUGUAGGCCAGUCCAGAUGUUGUCUGACGAACCAUUUCAAUUCAAUCAAAGGCCAUAUGAGGGGAAGCAUUUUUGUAGCUGUUUUGUGUUCCUCUGGGCUGGGCUCGACAUCAACAACAAACCCUUGCAUUCAGAUGGUGCCCUUAACAUGGAGACAGAAAAUUCCAAGACAACGAGGCCCUCUCCUCGCAUUUUUCCUUCAGAGUUUGCGAGAGAGUGAGAAGAAGGAAAGACAGAACCGAAGGGAAAUCCUUGAGGUUAAACAAAAGCACAGGCAAUGUGCAGCGAGGAUUAGCUGUGUGCCGGUAUGAUUUCUGCAUGGACAAAAGUUGGACCCAGCCCUGAAGAUAAAGUUUGGACAAUGUGAAGCUGUGCCACAGCAGCCUGUACCACCGAUCGAUAGCUCCGAAGCGCUACGUUGCGUGGUCCUGCCAGUAAUGGAAUGAUGUUGCCAGUGUACUGUCAUGGUGAUGAAGAAAAUAAUUCCUUCUUGCCAAUUUCUUGCAAAGAUUUGGUGCCUGUUCUCCUUUCUUCCAGUUAUCAUGAACCAUCUCAUCGAUGUUUGAGAUUUGCAACUUUCUCUUGUGGCUCAUUCUCAACCGAGGGGCUCCUGGGUCACACUCAAUGGUUGAAGCCUUGAGCUGAGGGACUAGGCACUCACCCUGUUCAGCUGUGUGUUAACCCAAGAGAACCUUGUGCUCCCAGACUUGAGUGACUGUAAAUGAUUUGCAAUGGUGACAUGAAAUGCAAGAGGGAAGAUUUUUAUUUUCUAAAAGCAGAAACAACCGCGCUACUUUAAAUCUCAGAAAAGGGAGGACAUAAAGCAUGAGUUUCCUGAGCAAACUGCGCCGACUAUUUCGACAGCUCACAUUGCAAGGUGUACUUUUGUUACUGUUUGCCUUCUGCAUGGUGACUGUGUUCAUCUCUGCCUAUUAUCUGUACAUCGGAACCAAACAAGAGACAGAGCCUUCCAGUGAUGCCCAGCAGCCCGACUGUGAUGAUUCCAGAGUCACUCCAUCCAGACUAUUCCCAACCAAACCCAUGAAGCCAGUGGAUGUCUCUCGCACUGACCCUGUGGUCCUGGUCUUUGUUGAAAGCAUGUACACCCAACUGGGGCAGGAGAUAGUGGCCAUCCUGGAGACCAGUCGGUUCAAGUACCACACAGAAAUCGCACCUGGCAAGGGUGACAUGCCCACGUUGACAGAUGAGGACAGAGGCCGCUUUGUCCUUGUCAUAUAUGAGAACAUUUUGAAGUAUGUGAACUUGGAUGCUUGGAACAGGGAGCUGCUUGAUAAGUACUGCAUUGAGUACAGUGUUGGCAUAAUUGGCUUCUUCAAAGCGAAUGAAAAUAGUUUGCUCAGUGCCCAGCUGAAGGGAUUCCCUCUGUACCUCCACUCUAAUCUGGGCCUCAAAGACUGCAGCAUUAACCCCAAAUCACCACUUCUCUACAUCACAAAAGCAAAGGAGGUAGAAAAGGGCUUCCUGCCAGGAGAUGACUGGACUGUUUUCCAGUCCAACCAUUCAACUUACGAGCCCGUUUUGCUCGCCAAGACCAAAUCUGCUGAGAACAUCCUGCACAUGGAGGUGGAUGCUGCUCUUCACACGACAGUAGUCCAGGACCUGGGACUCCAUGAUGGCAUACAGCGAGUGCUGUUUGGAAACAACAUGAACUUCUGGCUCCACAAGCUCGUCUUUGUAGAUGCCGUCUCCUUUCUAACAGGGAAGAAAUUAUCUCUCCCGUUGGACAGGUAUAUUUUAGUAGACAUCGAUGACAUCUUUGUUGGCAAAGAGGGGACCAGGAUGAAGACAGAAGAUGUGAAGGCUUUGCUUGAAACCCAGAAGCAAUUGCGAGUCCACGUUCCAAACUUCACCUUCAACCUGGGUUUCUCUGGAAAGUUCUAUUAUACUGGAAAUGAUGAGGAAGACCAAGGAGACAGCCUUCUUCUGGCUAAUGUGGAUGAGUUCUGGUGGUUUCCUCACAUGUGGAGUCACAUGCAACCCCAUCUCUUCCACAACCAGUCAGUGCUGGCCGAGCAAAUGCUCCUCAACAAGCAGUUUGCACUGGAGCAUGGUAUCCCCGUUGACAUGGGUUACGCAGUAGCGCCUCAUCAUUCUGGAGUUUACCCUGUUCACAUCCAGCUCUACGAAGCGUGGAAGCACGUCUGGGGGGUGAAAGUCACAAGUACAGAGGAAUACCCACACUUGAAACCAGCUCGAUUCCGACGAGGACUCAAACACAACGGUAUCAUGGUUCUGCCUCGUCAGACUUGUGGCCUUUUCACACAUACAAUAUUCUACAGCGAAUACCCCGGAGGGCCCAGAGAAUUGGAUAAGAUCAUUAAUGGAGGAGAGCUCUUCCUCACUGUUCUGCUUAACCCUAUGGAGAGACAAACAGCGAGCUCUAAUUCUGGUUCUCAAACAAGCAGCCUUCUCUGCAGCUACAGAUGGAGCUGUGUCAAGUGGGAGCUAAUUGUGGUGCCUGAACAGGAGGAAGAUCACUGCGUUGUGCCAAGUCCUACUCAGGCCUGGGAGUGGUGUUGUGAAAAGGGAGGAUUCGCAAACAUUCCUGCUACGCGUGCAAAGGUGCAGUUUUGUGAGAUAAUGAUGUUUGUGUACCCAGUUGAUUUUGCAAUGAUGGAAUUCCUCGAUCCUUGCGAAGAUAGGAGGCACAAGGAUAUCUGGUCAAAAGAAAAAACAUGUGAUAGACUUCCGAAACUUCUCAUCAUUGGACCUCAAAAGUCAGGUACCACAGCUCUCUAUCUAUUCCUCACUAUGCACCCGGAUGUCACCAGCAAUUCUCCAAACCCUGACAGCUUUGAGGAGUUGCAGUUCUUUAAUGGACCGAACUAUCAUAAGGGCAUUGACUGGUACAUGGACUUUUUCCCCGUUCCAUCCAACACAAGCUCGGAUUUCUUCUUCGAGAAGAGUGCAAAUUACUUCGAUUCUGAGGUGGCCCCAAAACGGGCAAUGGCCCUGUUGCCAAAAGCGAAAAUCAUCACCAUUCUGAUCAAUCCCGCCGACCGGGCUUACUCCUGGUACCAGCAUCAGCGAGCUCACGAUGAUCCUGUAGCCUUGAAGUACAGUUUCUACGAGGUUAUUACUGCUAGGUCGGACACAAUGCCAAAGCUCAGAGCUCUCCGGAAUCGCUGUCUCUUUCCAGGCUGGUAUGCGACACACAUCGAGCGCUGGUUUAACUACUACCAUGCCAACCAGAUUCUCGUUCUCGAUGGACAACUACUCCGAACAGAGCCCGCUGCAACAAUGGAAAAGGUGCAGAAGUUCCUGGGCCUUCGAAACAUUGCUGAUUAUCACAAGCUGCUGAUAUUUGAUCUGAAGAAAGGCUUCUGGUGUCAGCUGCUGGAUGGCAAUAAAUCAAAGUGCCUGGGGAAAAGUAAAGGCCGGAGGUACCCAGAGAUGGACAGUGAUUCAAGAGCUUUUUUACGAGAAUACUACAGAGAUUCCAACAUAGAGCUUUCGAAGUUGCUGUAUAAACUGGGACAGAGCCUACCCACAUGGUUGAGGGAGGAACUGCAGAACAACAGAUGUCUUGAUUUGACAUGGGCACCCAUCACAUCGUUUCAGUUCGGCCAAGUGAAAGAACGGGUGGACCUCUGGGUAAAAUGAAUGGUGCCAGUUUUCUUCUUUGCAAGAGGUGGUGAGGUGGGUGCUGUCGGACGCUCAUUUCCCACCAGCUUUCCAAGGAAAUCCCGCAGUUAAAAUGCCAGGAUCCCUUCGCUGAUAGCUGGUGGAUGCACGCGCUCAGUCAGUGUCUACUUCCAUCGUUUAUUGCAUAAUCAGUCAGUAAGAUACCAGAGGUGCUGUUCUUGUACACCUCCAUCCAGAACACCCCACUUUCAGGCACUGCAGAAAUCCAAGGAGAAAAGAAUCGCAUUUGCUUUUGCCACAUGAUGCCUUGUAUUUGAAUAACUCCGUGAAGCAGAAGAGCCGGAGAUCCUUGGAUGUAAAGAAUUCAUAAGGAUUUAGGGCAUUUCUGUGUUCUGUGUGAACAGUGUACAAUUCCUAAGUGCAUUUUUAGUAGCCCUGACUGCAAGGUUUGGCACUGUGGUUUACAAAGCACAUUGACUGAGUGACCCUGUAAUCAAUCAUGGUUCAGUUUUGUUACAUUGUGCAAUUAACAUGGAAUUUGUGUUCUCAUUCAUGUCACCACUCUCUGAUCUUGAAAAGUGUUCUUAUAAAUGUAUAAAAAUGUUCAUUUUUUUGUAAAAUUGUCAGUAUUGCAUUUCCUGCUGUUACAUCGCGUUGUAAAGUGGAGGCGUUGUAGAUAAACAC